AUGGCUCCUUCGUUAUGGAACCUAAUGAAGCGCUCAACGUCCAACAGCCCGCCGACGUCGGUAAGACAGAAGAUGGCACCUGGUCUAGCGAUCCCAGACACCGAUUCUCGUUCAUCGGGUAGUAGUUUGGAGGUUGCGUCGCAGUUCUCGUAUACCAAGAAUGAUGACUACUCAAGCUUCAUGAGCGACGUUAUGGUAGUCGGCGCAGGGCCUGCUGGUCUGAUGCUUGCUGAUAACCUGGUACGAUACGGUAUCAAGACGCGCAUUAUUGACGACCGACCCGACCGCACCUCGACCGGACGCGCCGAUGGAAUCCAGCCAAAGACCAUCGAGACUUUGCGCCAGAUGCGAAUUGCCGAGCCGCUGCUACGAAAGGGUGUCAAGAUCUAUGACAUUGCUUUCUGGAAGUCGUCGGCUGAGAAGUCGCUUCACCGCACUGGUCGGGAGAUCCACUACCCACCGGUAGUUGACUUGCUCGAUCCGUACAUUCUGUUAGUACACCAGGGCAUGGUAGAAGGCGUUUUGGAAGACGACCUGCGGGAAAGAGGCGUUGUCGUUUCCCGAAACACCGCAUUCAUCGACUUUGACUACACGCCCAUGUCCAUCCGUCCACUUACGGUUAAUUGUGAGCAAGACGUCAAUCACGCAAAGAAGACUUUUGCCACACGGUACAUAGUUGGAUGCGACGGCGCCCACUCUAAAGUGCGCAGGUGCAUACCAGGUGCGACACCUGUGGGAUCAUCGACCGAUGCUGUCUGGGGUGUAUUGGAUGGUGUACUCGACACCGACUUUCCCGAUAUUUGGAGCAAGGUGGUCAUACAGUCAGAUGCAUUAGGGUCUGUACUGAUGAUUCCUCGCGAGAGGGGUCUGACCCGUUUAUACAUCGAACUGCGGCCAGGAUCCACAGAGGCGGUCGGAGCGCAGCAGACCACACAAGAGUUCGUGCAAAAGCGAGCGCAGGCCAUAUUGCACCCUUACAGGCUUGAGUGGAAGAAUGUUGAGUGGUUUGGACGCUAUAAGAUCGGACAACGAGUCGCGGCGCGCUUCACAGACGACGAGCGACGGGUUUUCAUUGCUGGCGAUGCUAGUCACACUCAUUCCCCCAAGGCGGCGCAAGGUAUGAACACAGGCAUGCACGAUGCCUGGAAUCUGGCCUGGAAACUCAACUUUGCGACGCGUGGACUUGCGAAGCCUGCGUUACUCGAAACCUAUGAGCAGGAACGACAGAAGAUCGCAAAGGAUUUAAUCGAUUUCGACUACGAGCACGCGAAUGCCUUCCACGACGGAGACCCGGCAGCGCUCGCGGCAAACUUCACGAAGAACGUCGCGUUCAUCUCUGGCUACGGAGUCAGUUACGACCUCAACACCCUCAAUGUUCAAGCAAAAGGUUAUAGCAGAGGGCAUCUGAAGCCAGGCUAUCUACUACCACCUGCAAAGGUUACGCGCUACAUUGAUGCCAACCCGGUCGACAUUCAGACCGACAUACCUGCACUCGGACAGUUCCGUAUCUACUUCUUCACCCACAAUAUUCGCGCCUCAAUGCCCUUCUUAGAGAAUGUUUGUCACUCGCAUAUGGGAAACAACUCGUAUGUCGGGCGUGUUACAGCUGCUGGCAACGCCUCAUAUACCGUCCAGCCGCCUCUCGCGGCACCUCACGACCAGUUCGUUCUACCAGAGCGAUACACACCUGUCAGCGGUGUCUUCACCUAUGCUUUAGUAACCGAUGAGGAUCGCAAUAACUUCGAAAUUCGAGAUCUACCGGCCGUACUUCGCGAAUCCGCGUUCACAUUAUAUCUCGAUGAUAUCCCCGAUAAAGACACCCGGAAGCAAACAUGCAUGGACAAGUGGCUUGAUGAACUUGAUGAGAAUGAGGUUGUUGUAGUCAACGUCCGCCCGGAUGGCUAUGUUGGUACAGUGCGGAGAUUCGCCGAGGGCACCAAGGAGAAUGGCAUGGCCGCUGUGCAGUGGAUGGACCAGUACUAUGAGCAGUUUCUGCGAGAUACAUAG